AUGCUUUACUACCCUGGGCUGCAGCUCCUUCUAUUUGCUGCCCUCGUUGCGGCGGAGCCUCUCCAUGUCUCCAUGAACCGCAAGAGGAAUCCUUCGCUGGCUGCUUACGCUGCGUCGGCCGAGCGCAUACGUGCCAGGUACGGUUUCGAGACGCUUUCCUCGAAACUCCAAAAGCGAGGACAGACUGCUGGUAUUCCAAUUACGGACCAGGACAGCGAUGUCUCCUACACCGGCACCGUCACAGCCGGCACCCCACCGCAGGACUUCUCAGUCAUUCUCGACACCGGCUCGUCCGACCUUUGGUUCCCAGUCACCAACUGCUCUACUUGUCCCGUCGGACCCGCCUUUGACCCUUCCGUCUCGACGAGCCUUAAAAUCCCAGAGGUGAACGGCCAGGCGUACGCGGUGACGAUUCCAUACGGCAGCGGCACAGUUGCCGGUGUGCUUGUGCAGGACACGAUAACCAUGGGCGGUUUCUCUAUAGCGCAGCAGGCGUUCGUUGCGGUGGAGGAUAUGACCUCGGGCGUGCUGCACGGCACCGCAGCGGGGCUCAUGGGGCUCGCGUUCCAGUCACUCGCGUCGACGCAGUCGAUGCCCUUCUGGCAGGCACUGAUCUCGGGGAACCAACUUUCGAAUCCGGAAAUGUCGUUUUGGCUCACACGCUUUAACGGCGACGCGAACGCGGCCGGCCAGGAGUAUGGCGGCGUGUUCACGCUCGGCGGCACGAAUAGCAGUCUGUAUACGGGCAACAUCGAGUUUCACGACAUGGCGAACGGCACGUCCAACCCGACGUUCUGGCUCCUGUCCGUGUCUGGCGUCACCGUGCAGGGCAAACCCGUUACGAUCGGCGGUGGGAGUGACGCGCUUGCUGCGAUCGACACUGGCACGACGCUCAUCGGUGCGCCCACUGACGCGGUUCAGGCAAUAUACAGCGCAAUCCCCGGCUCGCAGGCGCUUACGGGUCAGAACGAGGGUUUCUACAGCUUCCCUUGCACCACUACGGUGAACGUGUCACUCUCGUUUGGUGGUCGGUCAUGGCCAAUUGACCCUACGGACAUGAACCUCGGCACUCUCGACGCAGGCCAAUGCAUGGGCGGUGUAUUCGACGUUACACUUGGCGCGAAUGUGGGCAACGGCGAUCCGAGCUGGAUCGUCGGCGACACAUUUUUGAAAAACGUCUACAGCGUAUUCCGUGCCAGUCCUUUGUCGAUCGGAUUUGCGCAGUUGGCCGGCGGGUCUUCGUCUGGUGCGUCUUCUUCUGGAGGCUCCAGCUCCUCUAAUGGUGCACAAAGCACUGCUUCAUUCCACACCACAUUCGGCGGUAGCGGUUCGCAUACCACCACCGGCGGGUCACCCACCAGCGCAGGGAGCUCGCCCUCGGGCCCGCCAGGCUCAGGUGGCUCAGCGACUUCUGGCGCGCUCUCGACGAUCGCGAGCGUCGGCGGGUUCUACAUCGCGGCGGGCCUCGCGCUCACCCUUGCUUCCGCAUGGUAG